AUGGAGGGCACUCCUCCCAGCCAGGCCUUGCCGGACCCCGACGAGGGUAUCACCUGUGACCGUCGCCCGUCCACCGAUGACCACGCCGACUUGUCCGACACGGGUUCUGAAGCCGGAUCAGGCGGAGGCAAAGACUCUGGAUGCGAAGUCGCCGCUGAAACACAGGAGCCGCCUUACACACCCCCGGAUGAUGAGUUAGCCAAUCGGAUUGUAGCACAAGUUGAAUUCUAUUUUUCUGACGCUAAUAUCACAAAGGAUGCUUUUCUUUUGAAACAUGUAAGAAGAAACAAGGAAGGGUAUGUUUCUUUGAAGCUCAUAUCCAGCUUUAAGCGCGUUAAGCACUUGACAAAAGACUGGAGAGUCGUGGCUGAAGCGUUAAAGCGAUCAACAAAGUUGGAAAUCAAUGACUUAGGAACUAAACUUCGUAGGAUAGAUCCGCUGCCAGCAUACGAUGAGACAACCCCCUCAAGGACUGUGGUGGCAGUGAAGAUGCCUAUUGACAAACCUUCAGUUGAAAAUGUGUCAAGAUUGUUCGCAAGCUGCGGGGAGAUUGCUUUGGUGAGAGUGUUGCGUCCGGGCAAUCCUGUUCCAGCUGACGUGCGCCAGUUCCUCAACAAGAAUCCUAGUUUGGUUAAUUGUGUGUGUGCGUUGGUUGAGUUUACUGAAUCUGAAUCGGCUAGGGAGGCGCUCCGUCUUCAGAGCUCUGAGGAAGAAGGGAUGCGUGUAUAUGAAUUGAACGGAGUUCCUAGGGAACCGAAAAGGAAGACACCCAUUCGACGGGCGCCGCCAAGGCGUCAUGAAUGCGAAUAUUCAUCGUGCUGUAGUGGCUCUGAGCCGGAGUACGAGUACCGGUAUGGAGCUCCCUUUUACAGACGUAGCUCGAGCGGUGUCUUCGCGCCGAGACCGCAGGACAUCCAGACCUGGCUGCCUCGACGUGUAUCGACAUGCAGUCACAGCUCAGAUUCAGGAGUUUCUUGGUACUGUGGCUCCCGGCGAACAUCAGCUGCGAGUACUGGCAGUGCUGGAAGUGGCGGCAGUUCGGACAGCUGGCUGGCGCGGCGUCUGUCUGGUUGUUCAGUGACCGGUACUGAGUGCGGCGGUCGACGGGUGUCCUGUGCCGCCCCUCGCUGGGAGCCCCGCGCGCCUCUGGUGCCGGACGGCACGCGCGGCUUCCAUGCCGCUGCUCGCCAGCGCCGUAUCUCCGACCUCGCGCUGUACUCGCGCUAG